AUGCGCACCUCCUUCAUCUCUUCCUCGUUGAUCACGGCACUAUUCUUGCUCUUAUCCUGCGCUCCCCUCCAGUUGUCUUCCGCCACUAUUCCUAGCCGUAGGAUCCUUCAUCAACCAUUCCUCCCACAAGACUCCAUUCCUCCCACUGAACCUCCAUCCCCUGCUCCACCUUCUCCACCAUCAACACCUCCUCAAAUCCCAUUUUCCCUUUCGACCCCUAACCAAUCCCCCUUUUUCCCUUCAUACCCUUCCCCUCCACCCCCUCCUUCCCCUACUGCAUUUGCAACUUUCCCUGCCAACAUCUCCUCUCUUAUCCUCCCUCAGUCUUCUAAGCCCAAACCCACUUCCCAAAAACUCCUCGUCGUCGCUAUCUCUGCUGUCAUCUCCGCUCUCGUUGUCUUGGGCAUCAUUGUCUUUUACUACGCUCGCCGCCGGAGAUACCGCAGCAACUUUUCCGACGACAAGACUUACACCGGAUCCAAUUACAGUAGCAGGCAGUACCAAGUAAAUGCAGAUACGAGAACAAGUAGUAACACUAAUAAUAACGGCCAUAAGCUAAGAACUACUUCAACUAGUUCCGAGUUUCUCUACCUGGGCACUUUAGUAAAUUCAAGGAGGCUAGAUGAAAGCUCCAAUGACAACACUAACGUCGGGUCGGACCGUCAGAAACUGGAGUCUCCGGAGCUCCGCCCUCUUCCACCGCUCAACAGGGAGAAUUCGAGGCAGAAUUAUGGAAGUGGAGAAGUUGGGUGUAAUAAUAAUAAUGAUACUAAUAGGGAUGGGGAUGAGGAGGAGGAUGAAGAGGAGUUUUACUCACCGCGAGGAUCCUCAGGCGGUAGAGAGAGUUCCAGCGGGACAGGAUCCGGGUCUAGAAGAGUGUUUGCUGCUGCUGCUGUAGGUUUUGAUGCAAAAAGUAUUGAUUCUUCGAGCUCGUAUUCGUCUUCCACUUCAGCUUCUCCUGCUCGGUCUCGGUCUCUCAGUAUUUCUCCGCCAGUAAGUUUGAGUCCCGGACCAAAAUCGCCGGAGUCUGGAACUCUACUUGCUGCUCAAUCUACACCACCACCACCAAUAAUGGAUGUUCAUAACGAGAGGGAAUCUUCUUCUUCUGCUUCAUCUCCAGAUGGUUCGCCUAGAAUAACUCUAAAUUUGGAAAGAAAUGUGCUGUCGUCGGCUUCUACUUCUCCUAGAGUGUUGACUGAUUUGGAUCGAAAAAAUGUGAUUAUGCGAUCUCCAUCUUUAUCUCCAGCUAGAAUAUUGAAUAAUUUGGUCCAAAAUAGACCGUCCAGCUCACCAUCUUCAGUUUCUAGUUCGCCUGGUAGAGUAUUGAACGAUUUGGCUCGGUUUAAUGUGCGUUCUCCGUCGUUGUCAUCUGUUUCUACAUCGCCUGAUAGAGUUUUGGAGAAGACCCCAUCACCAAAAAUAUCGAUUGAUUUGGAUCAAAAUGUGCAGUCUCCUUCACUAUCUGCUGCUUCUACUUCACCAGAAAGAGGUUUCGAUAAGAGCCCACCUGCAUCUCCAAUAGUUUCAAACGUUUUGGAUCGUAUUGAGAUGUCUCCUUCGUUGUCUGCCGUGAAGAGCUCAUUUUCAUCUCCCAGAAUUUCGAAUGUUUCGGAUCAUACUAAGAUGUCUCCUACAUUAUUGUCUUCAGCUUCUUCUUCGCCGGAUAGAAAGAGCCCAGAUUUGUCACCAAGAAUGACUUCUAGAGUUUUGAGUCUAAAUGCAAGAAUUAGUAAUGUUUUAGAGCAGCCUAUGUCAAUUCCACCACCACCACCACCACCACCACCUCCACCUCCACCUCCGCCAAUGCUGCAACCACAAAGGCAAUGGGAAUCUCCCGGUGUUGAUUCUGCAGCAUCAACGCCAACAGACCAGCCAAUUUCAAAGCCUCCAGCGCUUAUACCCCCCUCAAGGUCUUUUGUAUUACAAAGCACAACCAAUGUAUCGCCAAUGGAGUUGCCUCCCAGUUCUAAAAUUGUGGAGGAUGCCGAGGAUACUCCUAAACCAAAGUUAAAGCCCUUGCAUUGGGAUAAAGUUAGAGCAAGCUCUGAUCGCGAAAUGGUUUGGGAUCAUCUGAGGUCAAGCUCUUUUAAAUUGAACGAGGAAAUGAUUGAAACAUUGUUUGUCGUUAAUACGCCAAAACCAAAGCCAACUACUCCUCAUUCAGUUGGUCCAACAUCCAACCAAGAGAAUAGGGUACUUGAUCCCAAAAAGGCGCAGAACAUUGCAAUUUUGCUCAGGGCACUCAAUGUGACAAUUGAGGAAGUUUGUGAAGGCCUUUUAGAAGGCAAUGUUGAUAUUCUUGGAACUGAGCUUCUAGAAAGUUUAUUGAAGAUGGCUCCUACCAAAGAAGAAGAGCGAAAACUUAAAGAAUACAAAGACGAUUCUCCAACCAAGCUUGGUCAUGCUGAGAAAUUCCUGAAGGCAGUACUUGAUGUACCUUUUGCAUUUAAACGAGUGGAUGCAAUGCUUUAUGUGGCCAAUUUUGAAUCUGAAAUUGAGUACCUCAAAAAGUCCUUUGAAACUCUAGAGGCAUCCUGUGAAGAACUGAGAAAUAGCAGGAUGUUUUUGAAACUUUUAGAAGCUGUGCUGAAGACAGGGAAUCGCAUGAAUGUUGGCACCAACCGUGGUGAUGCCCAUGCCUUCAAGCUCGACACGCUCCUCAAGCUUGUUGAUGUGAAGGGUGCAGAUGGCAAGACCACACUCUUGCAUUUUGUUGUACAGGAAAUUAUAAGAACGGAAGGUGCUCGUCUUUCUGGUGCUAACCAAACUCCAAACUCCACUUCCAGUGAAGAUGCCAAGUGUAGGAAGCUCGGCCUGCAAGUUGUUUCUAGUCUCAGUUCAGAGCUCACCAAUGUGAAGAAAGCAGCUGCUAUGGAUUCUGAUGUGCUUAGCAGUGAUGUCUCCAAGCUUUCUAGAGGCAUUGAUAAUAUCAGCGAGGUGGUGCGAUUAAAUGAAACAUUGGGGAUGGUGGAAAGCAGUCAGAAAUUUUCGGAGUCAAUGACCAGGUUCAUGAAAAUGGCUGAGGAGGAGAUUAUAAAGAUUCAAGCCCAAGAAAGUGUUGCUUUGUCACUAGUAAAGGAGAUCACUGAGUACUUCCAUGGCAAUUCAUCCAAGGAAGAGGCUCACCCCUUCAGAAUCUUCAUGGUGGUGAGAGACUUUCUUAGAGUUCUUGAUCGUGUCUGCAAAGAAGUUGGUAUGAUAAAUGAGCGAACAAUUGUUAGUUCUGCCCAUAAAUUUCCAGUUCCGGUAAAUCCAAUGCUCCCAGUUCCUGUAAAUCCAACGCUGCCACAGGUUUUUUCUGGACCCAAUGCAAGGAAGCAGUAUAAUUCCUCUGAUGAUGAGAGCGCAUCUCCUUGA